AUGAACGUGGCGCACUGCUUCAGCCUGUUGCUGGCCAUCGGCACCGGACCCUUCCGGGAACAGUUCAUUUUCGAGGCAGAGUGGAGCCCAAACUUCGGCGCAGGUCGAUCGCUGCUAGCGGCUUCGCCACCUCCUCCUUUGGGCCCCCCACCACCUCCAGCACCAAACAAGACAUGCAACUGGGUCAAGUAUGGAGACUGCUGCCCGUACUCUACUGGGGCCCAGAUCGUGGUUACUGGCAAACAGGCCUGUGACAUAGCCUCCUCCGCCGCCCGCGCAGCCUCCGCCACCACCAUCGCCGCCGCCGCCAUCCCCACCCCCGCCAAAUCCGCCGCCGCCUCCGAGUCCACCCCCACCGUCGCCCCCACCCUCGCCUCCACCGCCCAGCCCCCCGCCCCCGCCAUCACCGCCGCCUCCGAGUCCUCCUCCACCCUCGCCGCCUCCACCAAGCCCCCCUCUGCCGUCACCACCACCGCCAAGCCCCCCUCCGCCAUCGCCUCCACCACCAUCACCACCGCCCCCAAAGCCUCCAAGCCCACCGCCACCAAGCCCCCCGCCACCGAGCCCGCCACCGCCGAGCCCACCUCCGCCAAGCCCGCCGCCUCCAAGUCCUCCUCUGCCGUCGCCUCCCCCACCAUCGCCACCUCCUCCCAGCCCGCCGCCCGAUCCACCCCCACCGGACCUCCCGCCGCCAAGCCCUCCCCCUAA